CAUUAGUCCAUCCUGGGACGAUGGCACUUCUAAUACUGUUUAUAUAGCUGAGUCACAGGCAAUGUUCAACCCAAGUACAACUGACUCUCGAUGGUCACGAUCUUGUGACACAAAGAACCUCAUCAUUGCUUCAAUUGAGGAAACUGAUGCUGGACAUUACAGAUGUAGCAUCAUCACACCAAUUACAGACAGCUAUACAACAACACUGACAGUUACAAACCCAACUGCGGGUAUUGAUGGAACAUGUAGUAACACAGCUCCAAUCAUCGAGUGUUCUACAGAAAAUGCUGAAUGUUCUGCUACCAACAAAUGUGAAUGCAAAACAGGAUAUGAGCCAAAUUCUGCAGGAACAGAAUGUAGUACUACUUCAUUCACAGAUGAUUUGAUUCAUGUUGACUGACACUUCCCUAUCGUUAAAAUGCUAACACAAACACUUCUGUGUCAGAGCUGUGCUUCCUCUGAAUAUCUCGUAUUCAUGAUACAGCUUGAACAGAA